AUGUCUAAGUUAAAGUUGGGACUCGUUAAGGCGUUUAAUGUUAUGAAGACUUGUUUUUGCGGUUUUGAAGACGUGGGUGCAAGUAAAGUUGAUUUUAAGAACUACAAGAGGCAAAUUAACUUGUUUAUAGGGGAAUACGGUGCUGAGAUGGUUAUGAGACAUUUGGAUGAAAAACAGUUCCAGCCUAAUUUCUCAUAUGAUUUCUUCACACACGAAGAGAAUCAUUUGAAGGCACUUUUUUGGUUUGAUGAUCAAUGCAAAUGUAAUUACCACGUCUUUGGGGAUGUGGUUUCGUUUGACGCCACUUAUCGUUCCAACAAAUAUUGUAUGGUGUUUGUACAAUUCACUGGUAUAGACAAUCGCCACUGCAAUGUUACAUUUGGUGCUGCAUUAUUGGCAUCAGAAACUGCUGAUACGUAUAUAUGGUUGUUGAGAGUUUUUCUAAAAGUUGUUGGUUCUGAACCAAAAGUUGUUGUCACAUACCAAGAUCCAGCAAUUAAGAAGGAUAUUUCUAGUGUAUUUGUUGAAACGAGACAUCGGUUAUGCAUGUGGCACGUGAUGCUUAAACUUUCUCUAAAGAUUGGUGUUAGGCUAUGCAAUUCCACAAAUUUAAAAGAACGUAUUUGUGGUGUUGGGUGGACGGAUAUUCUUACACCCAAAGAGUUUGAAUCGGAUGGGAAGAGGGAAUCUUGGAUCCCUGCAUACUAUAGAAUGGAGGAACUGUCGGGCCUUAUGAGUACGACAUCAAGGUCGGAGAGUGAGAACCAUUUUUUGGGUCAAGUGUGCAAUUCAAAAUCUACUCUUGUUGAGUUCAUGACUCAUUAUGAAACUGCAAUAGAAGCACAGCAUCACACGCACCGGAAAAAUGAUCAUGAAUCUCGUUACAAAUGCCCCCAGUUGAAAAGUAAUUACAAAAUGGAAAAAGGGAAAUAUAUCAAAGAGGUUGAAUCGGGAUGGGAAGAGGUUAUUGGAGAGUUCAAUUUAGAUGAUAAUGACUGGCUUUCAGAUAUUUUUGCACUUAGGGAAUCUUGA